UCACUCACUUUCACUACAUAGUGCGCACUACAGAGUGGAAGAGCUGCUCUCCGCUGAAACAUCUACGUCAGACUUCACUGGCAGUUUCUGAUUCGUUUCUCCCACGUUGUCACAAGCACGGACGGGCUGUGAAUCGUCACAUCCCUUUACCGACCGAGCCGGGCUCUCGGUAACCGAACCCUGUCGAACCGGGGCUGUGUGGUGUUGUUUUGGACCGGGAUGGCGUUCAUGGAGCAGCAACCGCAGCCGUUGUCCGGCAGGAAGCCGCCGCUGGACGACACCGUGCCGCUGAUCGCCGUGAUCGAGGCCAGCCAGAGUUUACAGUCACACACGGAGUACAUCAUUCGUGUACAGAGGGGCGUUUCCACAGACAACAGCUGGACAGUCAUCCGCAGAUACAGUGAUUUUGACAUGCUGAAUAAUAGUUUACUGAUCUCCGGCCUCAACCUGCCACUUCCUCCUAAGAAGCUGUUGGGAAACAUGGACCGAGAGUUUAUAGCCGAGCGUCAGAAGGGUCUCCAGGCCUAUCUGAACUAUAUCACACGUCACCACAUCCUCUCCAGCUAUGAGCUGGUCAAAAAGUUUCUCGACACUAACAAUUAUUCAGUAAACUACACAGAAAUAGCCUUACAGCAGGUGUCCAUGUUCUUCAGAUCUGAUCCAAAAUGGGAAGUUAUUGAGCCGUUAAAAGACAUUGGCUGGCGAUUGAGAAAGAGGUACUUCCUAGUCAAAGACAAAGAUCAACCCAAAGACAAACAAGUAUUAAGUUGGGUGGAUUUGGGUCCAGAUAAGUUCCUGUCCGACAAAGACCUCCAGUCUGCAAUGAAGCUGCUUCCAACUCUGUCUCAUUCAAACAUCUCUCCCGUCAGUUUCGCAACAACCAGUGAAUCGUCUGCUCUAGUCAUUCGAGUUUUCAGUGAGAAAGGAACGCUUAGGGAUCACAUCUGCAAGGUGAAGCCCAAAGAGCCCUUUCUGAAGAAGUACUGCAAUCCCAAAAAGAUCCAGGGUUUGGAGCAGCAGCAGAUCCGAACCUACGGAAGACAGAUUCUGGAGGCACUAAAAUUUCUCCAUGACAAGGGUUUUCCGUAUGGGCAUCUUCAUGCGUCUAACGUCCUGAUUGAGGAGAACACGUGUAAAUUGUUGGAUAUAGAGAAUUCCUUACUGGGACUGCCGUCAUAUUACAGACCCUAUGUAACGCAGUUCAGGAAAAUUAAUACAACAGAAAGCAUAGACGUCUACUCGUUUGGACAUUUGCUUUAUGAAAUGACGUACGGCCGCCCGCCUGACGCUGUGCCUGUGGAUCAGUAUCCUCCAGCUCCAUUCUCAUCUGUAGUAUCUGUACUUCAGUCCAUCCUGUCCACGGAAGCUUGCAAAACGGGAAUGCCAACUGUUUCCCAACUCCUACAAACACCGUUAUUCAAUGACGUGCUGCUGUUUAACUCAGAGAAACCCCAGUUUAAGAUCAGCUCCAAAUUAAAGGAGGCUCUAAAAUCAUCCAAGGAAUGCUUGGAGCAGCGCCUAGUGGAGGAAACAGAGGACGAUUCACCAGCACAAGAGGCUGACGCGAGCGCAGUCGCACCACGGCUCAGAGGAAGAGAAGCGGAAAAGAAAGAUCUUGGCCAGAAAGAAAUCGAGACAGUCGACGUAUGAAAACGAGGAGGAGCUUUCUGUCAAAUACAAUAACAACUCUGGUAGGUUUCAUAUAUUAUUAAACUUUCCUUUAUUAAAGGAAUA